AGUGUUGGUGGUCUGAAAACAUAUAAAGACGAGCCCCAAGGAAAUCAUAGACCAGCCAUCAUGGAAAAAGAAUGGACCAAAUAUGAAAGAAACACAGUUAUCUAUAAACAAGGAGCAAGGAAGUUCGUUGAUAAUGUCCAAACGAGUAUGGGGAAUCCAGAAAGGAUUCGUUGUCCUUGUAACAAUUGUAUAAGUUUCAAACGCCACAACUUUAAUGGAGUAUAUGACCACCUGAUCUGCUAUGGGAUAGAUCAUCUUUAUAGUAGGUGGACAUGGCAUGGGGAUGAGCCAACAUUACCAGAUGAAAAUAAUGUGGAAAUGCCUGAAACAUAUAGAAUGUUUCAGGAUGCACUUUUUGAAGAUAAUGAUGCAUUUUCUAAAGAAAAUGAUGUUAGGGAACCUGGAGAUGAAAGAGAAGAGCCUGAUUUUGGACAUUUAUUAGAGGAGGCAGAACGUCCUAUCUAUAAAGGCUCUACUUUGUCAAAAAUGUCGGCAACAGUAGCUAUGUGUAAGUUUUAGGCAAGGCAUGGUUUGUCUAAUAUAGGGUUUGAUGACAUGGUUGAGAUGAUUCGUGGGUUUCUACCGCAUGACAACACUCUUCCUAGCUCUUUGUACAAUGCAAAAAAAUUGUUAAAUGCAUUUGAUCUAGGUUAUGAGAAAAUACAUGCUUGUGUUAGAGAUUGUUGUCUAUUUAGAAAAGAACUAGAACAUGCAGAUAAGUGUCCUAAGUGUGGCUCAUCACGCUGGAAAGUUGAUAAGCUCACACAAAAGAUUCAAGAAGGAGUUCCAGCGAAGGUACUCAGAUACUUUCCAAUCAUACCUAGAUUUAGAUGGAUGUUCAAGUCAGUUGAGAAGGCAGAACAAUUAAGGUGGCAUCACACACACAAGAGUCAUGAUGGCAUAAUGCACCACCUGGUUGACUCGUUGGCAUGGAAGAGCAUAGAUAGUAAUUGGUCUUCAUUUGCAUCGGACCCUCGUAACCUAAGACUUGGCCUAUCAUCAGAUGUAUUGUCGACAAUACAUGUUUAUUACAAUUAAAUCAGAAAUAUUCUUGCCUUAAAUCAGAAAUGUCCUUGCAAUAAUACAAUUUAUGGUUUAAUUAAGCUAUUUGUCACUCUCAAUUGCCAUAUUGGCAGCUUGUAUAGAGUAUUUUUGUA